AUGCAGGACACUACGGGCAAGGAGGACAAAGAAAACUACUCCAGCCUGCAGGAGAUCACAGAGGAGCCACAACCUGGAGGGAACAGAUCCGUCCUCAAACACAGAAGUGGCUCCCAGGGACUGAAGCGGGGCAUUCAGUAUUUGAGGAGUCGGCCUGCUCUCCUGAUGCGUAUUGGCUUUUUGGCCUCUGUCUGUGCCAAUAUUAUCCUCACUGUGCUCUUGAUUGGCAGGCAGGCACCAGGUGUCCCCCCUCCUCUGCAUGCGUCUGUGGUUUUGAAACGGAACUCUGAGCAGAGAUGUUACAUCCGGCUCUGUGAGGAGGACUGCACCGCCCUGGGACAGCACUGCUCAAAGACAGUCAAGCGGUGUAGGGAGUGUCCAGAGGGAUGGCUCCACGUUGGGGAUCAGUGUUACUACUUCAGCAAGGACAAGCUGGACUGGCUGGAAAGCAGAGAGGGAAAUCAUCUUACCAUACUGCACAGCAAGCAGCAGCAUGAGAGUUUAGAGGAAAACUAAAGACACAAGGGUGGGUUGUGUCCAAACUUUUGGCUGAGAAUCUCAGACUUAGAGAAUGAUGGAAACUGGAGAUGGUUGGACAACACAAUACUGCAACACAAGUACUGGGAUCAGUGGAGCUCAGAGCCAGGUAACCAUCAGUCAGGAGGAGAACAUGGCGAGGACUGUGCCACCUUAGACUGCCAUUCAAAGACAUGGUUUGAUGUCCCUUGUGAUCACAUAUACUACAAACAUAUCUGCCAGAUGGAUGCCAUUCAAUUAAAGAGAAUCUCCACACAACUGAAAAUACUGCACAGCUGGAAAGUCUGGUAA